CAGUCUUGGUGAUUGGGCUUGCGUUUGGUGUCGCCUCAAGAAUACAUGAUGGUCUGUUUUUAAACCAUUUAUUGGCAGUACCAGCGUAGCCUCUGCAACGCAUCCAAGCAUGCCUUGAUGAUUGGACCUACGCUUGAUGGCGGAGGUAUCAGAGGCUACGCCAGCCUUCUCAUUCUACAACGCCUGGUACAUGAGAUCGUCGUUUGGGAGAAUCGACUCCAGGAACAGGAGGGACCAGUUAAAGGCAGCACGCGGCACACUUUCAACGAGGACGAAAUAUUACUAUGCCACUACUUCGAUUACAUGUACGGAACGAGCACGGGAGGACUGAUAUCGGUGAUGCUGGCGCGAUUGCGCAUGACGGUGCCACAAUGCUUGGAGAUAUACAGACAAGUCGGGGAGGAUUUAUUUGGACACCGGAGGAAUGUCUUGCCAUUGGCGACAAAGUACCACCACAAACCCCUGGAGAAAGCGGUGCAAAGGAUAGUGAGGGAGUUCUGCAAGCAUCAUACCGAUUGCGAUGGGCACGACUGGCAUCCAUGGCAGGGAGAAGAGGCUGGUUCAAGCCCAAUGGUCCACACGGAGAGAAUAUGCCAAUCGAUAUGUCUCACCGCGACCCACUCCGGCCAAAUUGUUGAAGCACAUCUUCUGCGAACCUACGACCACCGAUACGAUCCUAACAUCGCCCCAAUGUGGGUUACUCCAUACAACGAAGGCGCGGACAAACUCAGGAUCUGGGAAGUCACUCGAGCCACAUCAGCUGCGCCAUUCUUCUUCGAGAUGCUGGAGGCAGAUUUCGGGGGAAAGAAUAAGAUGCAAUUCAAGGACGGCGGCAUCCGAGAAAACAAUCCGUCGUAUGCUGCGUAUAGCGAGCAUGCAUCUCUGAAGGGCGACGAGCAUGAGCCUGCGCUCCUACUCUCUAUCGGUACCGGACGCCCGGAUAUGUCGAACAACGAUGGAUUUGCAGCGGCAUGGCCAGGACCUUUUAGCAAGAUGUCGCUGGUGAAGAAGUGGUCGAACAAAAUGGCCGUCUUCAAGAAUCUGUUGAUCAAGUACACGGAAGGCGAGAAGCUUCACCAAACGAUGAGGGCUAUCGCUAGAGGAGAGCAUCGUUGGUAUAAGAGGUUGAACGUCGACGACGGUCUUCAGGAUAUGAAGCUUGAUGACUGGGAGAAGGGCCCGUGGAAGAAUCCACAAACUGGAGAACAAAAGGAGGUUUCCGGAGGCAGCACACUUUCGAGGAUGGAAGAGGCUACCAACAAGUACUUGACCAGAGACGAAGCCUUGCGAGCACUACAGGAGUAUGCACCACCAAAAGUGGUCCUGCAACAAGUAGCAGAACGACUUGUACGCCAUAGGAGAGCGCGCGAAGCCACCAAGGACAGCGAUCCAAAGCGAUGGCAGACACACAUGGGGCAGUGGCUUACGGGAAGUCUGAAGGACGAAGAUGCUAUGGUAGUCCCAAAACCGCCCAAAGCCAAAGACUCCAAGCUACAAGCGCCCUCGAGCAAACAAAAGACUCCUUCGACAAGUCAAGGAGCCAAUAGUCCCAAGCCAUAAGCUUCUCUGACCUGGCGACUACUUGCGUAGCACUUCCAAUGGUCACAACAUGGGACCUUUGGUCGGCUCUACAGCACUUUCAUUUUCGGCAUCUACAUCACCUGUACAUCAGCAU